UAUGCUCCAAAAUUAAACAUUUCUUAAUUGACUUCUUCCAUUCUCCGAUCAGAUCCUUUGUUUCUAAUCUAACAGAGAACCACAACCACAUUAUAACUCGCCGCCGACACUACUCCCCGAUCACCACCAUGUCAAAACUCGCCGGCGUUCAUGUCCUAGUAUUCCCAUACCCAGCACAAGGCCAUAUGCUUCCUCUCCUAGAUUUCACGCACCAGCUCGCCAUCCGCAACCUUACCAUCACCGUCCUCGUGACCCCCAAAAACCUCCCCUUCUUGUCCCCUCUCCUCGCAAGACACCCCGCCAUCAACACCCUCGUUUUGCCUUUUCCGGCGAACCCAUCGAUCCCCGACGGCGUCGAGAACGUCAAGGACCUCCCUCCCUCCGGCUUCCGUGCCAUGAUACCCGCUCUCGGCGGCCUCAAAGAUCAAAUCAAAGACUGGUUUCGAUUUCACCCUUCGCCGCCGGUAGCAAUCAUUUCCGACAUAUUCUUGGGGUUCACCCACCGACUUGCCGUCGAGCUCGGUGUUCGCCGGUACGUCUUUUCCCCCUCCGGCGUCGUGGCCAUGUCCCUCGGUUUCACCCUGUGGAGAGAGAUGCCCAAACGGAAGAAUCCGGACGAUGAGAGUGAGGUUUUCCGUUUUCCGAGCCUUCUGAACUGCCCGGAAUAUCCCUGGUGGCAGCUUUCUCCGAUUUACCGGAGCUACGUGGAGGGAGACCCAGAUUCGGAGUUCAUCAAACAGUCGUACCUGGAUAAUACCGUGAGUUCCGGGCUUCUGUUCAACACUUUCAGUGCGCUGGAGGGGGUCCACACAGAGCACCUCAAAAAGUACUUGGUCAACGAGAGGAUUUGGUCCGUCGGUCCACUGUUGCCUCCCGGCGAUGAAAACUCCGGGCCGGCGGAGCGCGGCGGAUCGAGCACCGUCUCAACGGAUGAGAUACUGAGUUGGCUCGACUCGCGGGAGGACAACUCGGUUGUCUACGUUUGCUUCGGCAGUCAAGCAGUGUUGACCGACCGGCAAAUGGAGGCGCUAGUGCUCGGGCUUGAGAAGAGCGGAGUCAACUUUCUGUGGUCAACGAAGGUGCCCACGGGGCACGUGGGUGAAGGCUACGGGGCGAUACCCACGGGUUUCCGGGAACGUGUGGGCCCGAGGGGACUAGUGAUCCAAGGAUGGGCCCCACAGGUAUUGAUUCUCAAGCAUCGUUCUAUAGCGGCAUUCCUGACCCACUGCGGGUGGAACUCGACGCUAGAAGGAAUAGUUGCUGGCGCGCCAUUGCUGACAUGGCCGAUGGGCGCCGACCAAUACGUGAAUGCGGACCUCCUAGUGGACGAGUUCAAAGUGGGGAUGAGAGCAAGUGAGGGACAGGAAAUGGUGCCGGACUCGGACGAGUUGGCUCGUUUGUUGAGCAAAGCCGUGAAAGAGGGAGGUGGGGAGGCGAAGGUGCGUGCUUUGGAGCUGAAACAUGCAGCGUUGGAUGCCAUUGUUGAGGGAGGUGAUUCAUUCAACAAUCUCGAAAACUUCGUCAAGCACUUGAGUGAAUUGGCUUCGGAACCAAAAGGAAACAAACAAUAGUAAGCCAAUUUGCCGUUCAAGGCGCUACUUUUCGUUUUUUUUUUUGGGUUUUUUUGCGUGAAUAAGUUGAAAUCUUUAUACGGCACACUUCAUACUUUUUAUUUUUAAUAAUACUCGAUAGCCCGUAUCGUCUCACAAAUUAUUCCUUAAUAGGAGCCAUUUCGUGCAACAGUGCAAGC